AUGCUUAACCCGGCCGAGAUAGACAGUUUGAAGCAGUUCCACACCGCGCAUUUCCCGAACCAGCCAGUGCCGAAGUUCAGCAACACUUCGUGGCAUCGAGGAGCAGCCAUGUCUCAGCCAGCUCCUCAAGAAGCUGAUGAUGGACUUGGAUACUAUGGGGAUGGAGUGAAAAGAACUUUGACUGACGAGCAGAUCAGAAUGUUCCGGCAUUCCGAAAUUCAGCGCUUGAUGAGCGAAAGACGCGCCGCGAAGGAGGCGGAAGAAAAGCAGCAGAAACGCCAGCAAGCUGACUACGGCCGCACCAGACUCCCUCAAAAGGGACGUGGCCACUUCGACGAUCAACCAGAAGACAAACAAAAGAUUGUCGACACCUUGAUAUAUGAUGAUCAGCCGGAGCAUGACACGAAUGCGGAACCAACACCGAGGACUUUCCUUUGGCCAAAACUGGGUGAAGCUUGA